CUUCUUUGCUUGCUACCUAGAUGUUGCCUCGGUAGUUCCCUCCCCUUUACCCCUUCACUUGUUUUUCCAGAAUAUCAUCAUUUAUUGUCAUUUAUAAACACAAAGAUCCACCCACCUCUUUAAAAAUAGCAUUUGUCGCAGGAGAUCAAGUCAAGCAAGCAGCAGUUUCCAAACUAUGGGUUUCGAUCAGCAGAUCACACCACGGUUCAGUGAUGGUCAGGAACUAGCAACUUUGAUUACAUCCUGCGGGAUCCUGCACAAAUGUUGGGAGGAGAUCCGUAAUGUUUGUAGAAAUGACGUAGAAUUUUUUCUGAAAGAAGAUGAAGGUGUAGCAUAUGCGACCUUUCCUUCAUUUUCUACUGAAGAUUUCGUAGUCACAGACAGUAAAUAUGGGGAAUACAGUAUCCAGAAUGAGAAAAUCUUCUCUGUUAGCCUCAAGGGUGAUGAUGAUAAGCCGGCCCUUGUUCACAAGGGAGCUUUCAACCGAUUCGUGCGUAUUCUGGAAAGUUCAGAUUUCAAAAACAAGAUACAAGGUUUGAGGUCACAAGCCAUUAUAUUUACUGGCCAUUCCAUGGGAGGUGCAGUUGCAACCCUGGCCACUCUCUGGUUUCUGCAAAAGAAGGCAAGAAAUCUAUCUUAUUUUUGCAUUACUUUUGGUUCUCCUUUGGUGGGAAAUUCUGUACUUGGGGAGGCAAUUGGGCGUGAAGAUUGGACGGGAAAAUUUUGUCAUGUUGUCUCCAAGUAUGAUAUUGUUCCUAGGAUGCUCCUUGCACCAGUUGAAUCAAUUGCCAAGCCUUUGAAUGCAAUUGUGCCUCACUGGGGGAGCAUAAUGGGGAUUAACCAUGUUGCUGUAACACAUCUUUCUAUACCAGAGGCUUGUCAAACUCUUCUCGAGAAAGUCCUGCAGUACACAUCUACAAUAGCAAAUAAUUACCAAAGAGAGUCUGGUCUGAGAAGUCCAUAUAGACCCUUUGGUACUUACAUGUUUUGUUCAACCCAAGGUGCAGCUUGUAUUGAUGACUCUGAAGCUGUCCUGAAGAUGCUGCAUUUCACUAUGCAAGGAAUGCCUUUUGAUCAACUUGCAGGCACCUGUGCUUCAGAUCACAUAGGUUAUAGCCAUGUGUUGGAAGUUAUCACCAAAAGCUUGCUAAACGCAAUGUCAAUUGCCAACUUUGCUGCAGACUCCUUUGAGAUGGGAAUAGCGCUGGAAUUGGAAGCAAUGGGUGUUGGGGCUCAGGGGAACACUCACGCAUCCCUUGCACUCGGAAAAGCCGGAGAGACGAAAAAAGCCCAAGAUAUGAAGAUUGAGAAAUUAAAUAUCAACUUGAGCAAAAGCCAAAGUUACAUGGCAGAGGUGGAAUGGUACAAAGGGCGUUGUAAGAAGAGCUCUGGCUACUAUAAUUCUUUCAAACAGCAGGGUGAAAAGCCAGAGUUUCAUGUAAAUUUGGCUAGAAUAAAGUUAGAAACAUUCUGGGAUGAAAUUGUUGAGAUGGAGGAGAAGCAUGAGUUGCCCAGUGACUUCCGAUGCCAAAAUAAAUGGAUCAAUGCUGGCACUGCAUAUAGAAGACUUGUAGAACCUCUGGACAUUGCACACUACUACCGUACACGGAAGGACAAUAAAAGUUAUCUUGCAGAUGGGGUGAGACCCCACCGUCACACGGGUCUGGAGAAAUGGAUGAAAGAAAAAGAACAAACUCGAGUUGGAAGAGACAAGAAGGAUCGCACAAAAUUUGCAUCCUUAACUCUGGACUCCUGUUUUUGGGCUCAUUUAGAAGAUGCUUGUCAAGAAUUGAAAUGUCUCCAGCAAGCGCAAGACCAGCAUCAAGGCAUAAAUGCCUUACUGCAAGAAAGCCAAGAGUUUGAAAAUUAUAUUUGGGGUAUGAUCAGAGACAAGAGUAUUUCUGUAGAGGUUUUCGGGGAGCAGAGUAUCUUUAUGAGUUGGUGGGAACAAUACAGCAACCUUCGUCAACUUCAAUCUCCACAAUGGAAAUCAAGCUCCCCUUUGUUCAACUUCAUGUCAAAUAAAAGCUGGAAGUAGAAAUUUCAGAACAAAGAGCUUUUUCCUACAUUGAAAAAGAUCUUUUAAUAUUAUUUUCUGUUGGAACAAUGGAAGUAGUAAUUUCCGUUGUUUCUUGCUUCUGCUUGAUAAAAUAUAUUCUCUUUUCUAUUGGAUGACUGUAUAUUACAUUUCCAAUGAUGAGUGGAUAAAUGGACUCCGUCAUGUCUGUUGAGUUUUUGAAAUAUAAUAUAUGUAUUCAAUGGCACUGUGCUGCAUUUGAAGUUUA